CGAGGAAUGGCUCGAAAUUGGUAAGGAGGCAGCGUCACGCUUCUUGCUUUCCUUCAUCACGAGCAACACUCGCUGACCUUUCACUUGCGCCGCCACUUAUGUGGUCACCCUGCCUAGACUCGCCCAUCGAGCCCAAAGUGGACAUGCCAGACGAUGAUGAGGAGUUUCAAGAAGGCGGCAAUAUGCUGGGCCCCUCUACGGCGCCCGCUGCCGCCGCUGCUCAAUUGUCGGCGCCGACGCCUUCGAAAGUCAAGGUCCGCAAGCUGGAGGAUCGCACAAAGAUGAUGGAGUAUCCAAACUCUCUGCCGUACGAGUGCGAGAGUAUCGAGGAGUUCGACGAGAGGCUAGCAUACAUUCAUCAGCGACUUAUUGAGUGCAUCAAGACAAAAGAUUAUGACAUCGGACUUGUGCAAUGGAAUCACAAGCUACAGUGUCUGAUCAGCCUCAAGUAUCCCAUCCUUCGCGCCACACGAGCGACCCUCGCAAGCCUCUAUUACGAGAUGGUCUUCAUCCCAGGCCUAGACGUUCGCCUCAUCGAGCUCUGCGCCAACAUGGCCAUCACUCUCCUCGAGCCAAGGCGAAAGAUCUCCAUAAAAGACCUGACCCUUCCAUGGCGUCCACUUUACGACCUGCUCUCGCAUCACCUCUUCCCUAAGGCGAGAGCUACGGGUCUGACCGGCCUUUCCAAUACUCUCAUGGACCUCGCCGGCAUUGCUCAACGCUUCUUUCCUCCAUCGGACGCGGACGACAUGCUCGAGGAGAUGCUGCCUCAACUCGAUGGGUAUGCUAUCAACUCUAUUCUCGCUACGCAGGCCUACCUCGUCCACUUCUUGCCACUGUCCAAGCCUCAACGAUGGCUGCCUGCAAUGUUCAAGCUCUGGGACUGCUUUGAGAGCGGCCUUUUCGACGACCAGAUGCUCGACUUGCUCGCUCGACUGGCCAUCUUGCACGCCAACCCAGAGAUCUCGCAAAGCGAAGAUAGCGGAACAGUCUCGCCGCAGCGAGGUCUGUGGAAGGAGGUCGGCUUGCUGACAAAGGAGCAGUUUGCGAUGAUCAUGACAAAGGCGUUGCGAUCAGCGGGCUUGCCAGUUGGAGCCACAAAGGAUGCCAACUCUGCACUGAUGGCCCAGUCUGCCAUUAUGAUGAAGACAGGGUCCGACGCCGAAGUCUCGCAGACCAUCCUCUCGAUGAAGAAACCGUCAAGCCGCAUCCAGAGCUUCGCCACCAUCAUCGUCUACAGCAUGAUGCUCGAUGGACCAGAGAUUCCCUCGUCAGGAGAAGCGACCCCAGUCAAUGCUGCAGCUGGUCCAGGCCUCGCAGGUACCCCAGCCACAACGACGAAUGAGCAGAUGAACUUCCUUGCUGGCUCUCGCGCCCUCGAUGCGCUGCACCGCUUCAUACAAGCCACCGAGACCUACUUCCACCCCUCCAAUUGGGGACCUUGGCAGUACGUGCUGAGUGGCUUCGUUGCCGAGCUCUCGAGCUUCUUCGUCAAUCGCUGGCUCGACGAGCACAGAAAUGACUGCAAGACGCCCAAAGAACGCCGCCUCACCCCAACGAUGAAGCGCGAGUUCGUGCAAUCGCUGCGCAACGUCUGCCUCUUGACCAUGUUCAGCAAGGACAUGUUUGCCGUCGUCAGCUGCCAGAAGGCCCUUAAGCGAAUGGCAUACCUUGAACCGGAUCUCAUCCUGCCGGCUGUCCUCGAGCGAGCCUAUCCCGGCCUACAAGAGCUCGAGAUGACGCACCGCACCACGGCCAUCAUUGCAUCGCUCUCUACACUGGCCAUUCCUCUUGUGUCGCGUCAGAACUUUGCAGCCGGAGGGAAGCAUCUUGUACCCCUCCUGCAGUUGUGUUUACCCGCCAUCGAUCCGACCGACUUCGCCAAGACAAUGGGCGGAUGCGCCUUCAUUUUCAACGCUAUGAUGACGGUACGCAUCGACGAUCUUACUCGUCCAGAGCUGGGCAACGACGACGGCGACGCAGAAAUGGCGGUCGACGACGAUGCUGCAGCCGCACGUCGAGAAGAGGACGAGGCUCUGCGCUUGAGCACAGCAGGCGCUGAGGAAUGGGUCAUCGAAUUCUUCCGCCGCAUUUUUGCCGUAUUCGACUCACUACCUGAAGAGGGGGUUAAGGGCAAAGUGGGCGGCAAGCAGGAGGAGCAUGUAAGCGGAUCACUCCUCUCCAGCGUCGACGCCGUGACGGCAAGCAUGAGCCCUCACUUGGCUCGCCUCGCAUGGGACGUCGUCUACCGCCACUGCUCAGAGACGGUUUCGGCGAGCUCGAGCAGGCUUGUUGGUAGCGUCAUCCUAAGCUUUGCUCGCAUACAUCCGGAGAUGGUCUUGGGCAAGAUGAUUCCUCUCGCCACUCAACGUCUUCGAUCCGAAAUCAUGCACGGAGCCAGCUCGACGCGUACCACGUCAACGCACACCCCAGCACCUGGCGAUGCCACCUUCCAUUGGCACUUGUCGUGCCUCCUCGGCGCAGUCUCUGGUGUCGGUCCAGCUCUCCUCAAGCACAGGAUCGAGCUGCUCGAGCUCCUGUCGCUCCUUGUCGACCGUACCCGCUCGGAGCGAGGCUACUCACUUGUCGCACGACUUGUACAGCGCGUCAUCGCUACUCUCGUGGGCCUGUAUCCUAUCGAGUGGCGACCGUACAAUGCUGAGGAGUGGGAUGACCCCGAGGUACAGAAGAAGGCGCACAUGCACUGGGGUAAGCUUUACGAGGCUAAGGAUGUCAGCCUGAAGUGGCAUCAGCCGUCCCAAGAGGAGAUCGCCUUUGCCCUUGAGAUCGUCUCCACGUUUGUCCAACCUUCGCUCGAGGAGCUCAACAGCCUGCAAGACGUGCCGCAAGAGCGACGAGACAAGGUAUGGUCGAAUGACUUCUGCCGCAAGAUGAUGCUGGUCAAGCAGACGUUCUCGGCACUGAACGCCGUGGUGCAGGAUGAUGAGGUGAAUGCACCUUCUGGAGAAGUUGUCUCUGAUGCCGGCGACGAGUGCAUGGCCUUCAUUCAGCCCCCUCCACGCUUCAAGUCCGGCUUUAUUCUCACCGACGAGACAUCGCCCGAUUUCGUUGCUGUGCGGUCUUUCCGUGCUCGAGUUGGCGAAGUCCUACACCGAUGCGCGACGUCGAGCAAGGCUAGCGAAGCAGAGGACAAGCAAGACUGCAUCAAGCUGCUACUGCGCUCGAUUCGCACCUACCUCACCGAGUACGCCUACAACUACGAGGAGUACAUGGCGCACUCGCGCUCCCUCAACUACUACCGCACGGUAUUCCGCAUCUACGCAAGGCAGAAGCAGCAGCCUCGCGUGCUGUGGGUGAGACGAGCGGCCUUCUAUCACGGCUGCCGCGGUAGGAUGAAUUCCUUCCACCGCAAACGUACACCGCUGGUCGACAGCCUGAUCAAGGACGUCGUGCUGGCCUAUUGCAUGAGCACUUACGUCGGCAUCCGCAAGACGGCGCAGAAUAGUCUCGAUUCGAUUGCCAGUCUCUACGAUGGAGCGCGGCAGCUCUGCGUGCAUACGCUCAUCUCAAAGGUCCAACCUGGCGUCGAUGACGACCAGAUGAAGGGCGCACUCUACGUUCUGGGCAGCAAGGGCUUCAGCAGCGCAGCCAUCACCGACGCUCGAAUCACGGCCGAGUACCUGCUCUGCCUCCUCAAUGCACAGCACCACCCUAAACCUUCGCUGCAGAAGCUGGUCCGCGGCCUCCUCAGUGACUUUGCUUCCCGCUUCGUCGAGCCUUCCACCCUGAAGUUCCAUCUCGACACGCCAGCACCCCUCAUCAAGGCCGUUGACGAAUUCACUACCUCUUUGCCUCCAAUCGACGCGAGUAUCCUUCAAGAGGUGCGCGACCGUCGUCAAGCCCGUAUCGCCCGCAUUGACAGCACUGUCGCUCGCCUCGGCCCAGAGAUCAUGUCUAUCGCCACCAACCACGCAACGCACUGGUCAUUUACUCUAUACUCUGCGCGCCUUCUCCGCGCCAUGAUUCGCAGAGACCAGCCCCUGGCGCCGGACGUCGCCGGCUACUUUGCAGGGCAGCUGCUUUCGGAAAACCCGAAUAUGCGCAAGUACGCCACGGGCGCCAUCACCAAGAUCCUGUAUUUUGUCAAAUUGCGAACCCUCAAGGCUAGCGAUGAGGAUCUCGUCAAUGGGAAGACGACGAACCCGCUUAAGCGCAAGGAGGUCGUGCAGACGCCUGCGUCGGCAGAAUACCAGAAGGAAGCCCUCGGCGCCUUCCUUGGCUCCAACAUGGGGCCCGAUAGCGUACUAGUUGACAAGACGUCGCUGGGAUGGCUCGUCUGGGGCGGCAAGCAGACGGUCUAUGAUGCGCCACCGGUCGAUACGGAACCAUGGCAGUGGGAGGCGGCCUCGCAGCCUGCCUUGGAUGCAAUCUGGUCGCACAUGCAAAAGGCCGAGUUCUGGGAGAAGCACCUCGGGCUCUGGUCGCAAGAGAAGCAGCGCGAGAUUACCGCCACCGAGAAUGUCCUCCUCAUGAAGUCCAUUGCGCAGGUCUUUGGCGCGCGCUUGAUCCCCGUCUUGGGACCGAUUAUCGAGAAGUUGAUAGGGGAGCGCGACCGUCACAAGCACCGUGCGGCUGCCGAGGUCAUGGUCGGUGUCGGGCGCGGUUCCAAGCAUUGGCCUCUAAACGAUCAAGCGAAGUUAUGGGAGUGGCUCACACCCCUGAUGCCCAACAUCUUCACUCAAGCAACGCAAGACUCCCAACUGGUAUUCGAAGAUUGGAUUGUCAGCACGAUCGACGGGCGCGAUCCACGCCGACACAAACCCCUCAUCGACUUCGCCAUUGACAGGGCCAAGCGCAGCAUAAAUGGAGAGGAGGAUGGCAGUCCUCAGCUGCAGGCAAGAGGGCACGCUUUCUUCCGCUGUGUGCUCUCGACGCACGAUCGUAAGAUGACGCCGAGGAUGCAGGAGUUCAUUGACGACUAUGCGGGGGCGUUCGACACAGCCUAUUCAGAGAUCAGGGCGGUAGUGAGCGAGAAUUUGGCGCAGUUGGAGCUCUUCGAGGUUGCGCCGUCAUACGCCUCCAUGAGCCAUUUCCUGGCUGGAGAGGCCUCCAGCAGCACUCUGCGGAUUAGCUCGCCUCAGUACGAGCGUCGCUUCGCUAAGCUGCGCACCGACCUUGCGCAAUGGAGGACGGAGCGCAUCCCAACCUCUCAAGGCAGCUCACGCUACGACUGCGCGGCGAUGACAACCCUCUUCUGGAUGUCUAUGGCUCUCGCCGAUCACCGGCGCUCAUCGAUGGGGUCGUACGCCAUCGAUUUCCUGCCCAUGAUAUUCGAGAUGCUGGAGCUCAAGGACAACACAGACCUCUCCCGUCUCGCACGCGCUGCACUGACCAAGAUCUCGACCCAUCAUUACGGCCCUGGUCCGCUCUCGGGCAAACUUGUCCGCACGCUGCUCAACGUGAUCACGCAGAGCCGCGACUCGUGGAAGGUGAGGCUCGAUGGCUUGACCGUACUGCAGGUGGCCUUCUUCCAAAAUCUGUACUACCUUGGACCGGCGGAUGUAAGGAGCAUCGUGGACGUGCUAUUGGCCCUGUUGAGGGACGUCCACCCAGAGGUGAGGGAGAUGGCUUCCACUACUCUCUCCGGCAUCGUCCGCUGCUCUGAGCGCAAGCUCAUUAGCGACCUCAAGAAGCGAUUCACGGCUACGGUCCUUGAAGCCUCUGCAGCCCUGAUGCCCCUUUCUCGUGGCGACCCAGGCUUCCACGAGCACCUCACUGCUCUCCAUUCCGGUAUCCUGGGCGCUGUAGCCCUCCUCUCGGCUUUCCCCUAUGAAGUGCCCCCUUGGAUGCCUUCCCUACUCAUCGAGACGGUCACGCAGCAUGGCGAAUCGCCGCAGCCUGUUAGCAACACGGUGAAGAAGUACGCAAAGGAGUUCAAGAGGACGCAUCAGGAUAAUUGGGGCGAGGUCGAGGCGGCUUUGAAUAGUGAUGAGCUGAAUGAGGUCAAUCAGUGGGUGUUGGGAAGGAGCGACUACUACGCAUGA